AUGUCCACUGAGAUGAUGACCACUGAGUCAGUGCAGCCUCUGGAGCUUUCAGAAGACAUACUGGACAAGUUCGAUCCUCACUGCAGUCACUCAGAUGACCUUUCAGACCAGUUCAUUAAGGACUGUGACAUCAAAAAGAAGCCGAGAAAAGGGAAGAACGCACAGGCCACUCUGAAUGUUGAGUCAGAGCAGAAGAAACCCAGGAGGAAAGAUACACCGGCCCUGCAUAUUCCGCCUUUCAUACCAGGUGUGAUCUCAGAACACUUAAUUAAAAGAUAUGAUGUCCAAGAGAGAGUUCCUAAGGGCAAAACAGGCCCAGCUCUUCACAACACUGACAUGGAACAGAAAAAGCCAAGGAGAAAAGACACACCUGCCCUGCACAUGCCUCCUUUUGUCACAGGUUUGACUCUGCUCGGAGAUGAGAGCCCCAGAGUGAUUAUGGAAGAGGAUGAAAAGGAUGGCGACACAAUAGCUAUUUAA